GGUGGCAUGACUAGAAGCCCGGAAAAGAGUAAUGAAUUUAAUGAUGAGCCUCUGUUGCCGGCAUUACCAGUCAAAGGAGUGUCUGCUGUUACUAUAGAUGCUGAUGUACAAAGGAAUGUUUUAGCAGCUUACAGGAGACCAGCUAUAUGAACAGUAUGUGGAAUUUCUUUGUAUCCUUUUAUGGAGUUGCUUUGACUAAACCCAUGAAUACUUAAUUAUAAAUAUUGCUUCCAGUGUAGAUCAGUACCUAAGUAUGCUCAUUGUGGAUAUUUUUGGGGGAAUUGUGUUAUAUUUUAUAAUUAUUAUGUAAAGAUACAGUUAUUUACAUACAGUAUAGUUUCACUUUCAUGUAUAUGUACAUCUAUUUAAAAGAUGUUGAUAGAGGUUUAUGAGAAGUUACAGUUGAUUUUUGUUUUUUCAUAAACCAGAACUAGCUUAGAAGUAUACUUACUGUUUAUAUAUUCAUGGAAUAUAUAUCAUAAAGAGCUUUGUGUUGAUUUAUUUCUAAAUUGGUUUGUAUCAUGUCUUUUACACAGUACAGUAUACACAUUCUGGUAAAGGUACAAACCAGUUAAGUUAGUCUGUUAAACAUAAUUUCCAAGCAAACUAUAUCAUGAAUGCAGAGGUGUAACUGCUGGGGGAGGAGGUUUCCUUAAAGACACACAGUAGUAGUGGUUGAUUCACUUUUCACCCAAAGUAUGUGGUAUUUACGAGCAGUAUUACAGAGGAGUUUUUGACUUUGAAAAGUAAUUUUCAAGAUAAAAUGAAUAUUCUAGAAAAGCUUGAAAUAUAUACUGAUUAAAUUGCAUGAGGAGUUCUUAGGCAGUGAAAUUUGCCUCAAGCCUUAAAUUAACCCGUUUGCCCCGGAUUUAUGUUCUGUCCCCUGUAGUUUUUGGUGAAUUUUGUUACAUACAAAUGGCUCCACAUGUGCUCAGCUGGCAAGGAGUCUAUCAGUAGGCCCUAGUUACCAACCCUGAUUUUUCCAUUCAUUGAAUUAGCGGGAAAAUUAAUACCAUUGCUAUCGAUACUGUUAUUAUUGUUAUUGAUGUUAUGAUUAUUAAAUUGUCAUUAGAAUAUUGUAGACAAUGAAAUGAUACAGAAAACCCUUUCCAAAAGUGAAGGAAAAGGGUAAACAGGUGAAAUAGGUAGUUCUUGAUAACUGGCUAUUUGGUGAUUAAGAACUUGUUGAGCCAUCUAUGUGUAAAUACAAUAAAUAAAUGUGCAUCAAAGUGGGCAUGACAUCUAUUCUUGCCACGUGUGGCGAAUGGGUUAAGAGACAAUGGUAUUUAAGCUCAUGACAACACCAAUUAAAUGGUGCAUAUAAAUAUUGUGCAAAAACCUUCACAGCUCCUCCCCGCUCAAAAGCAAAGGGUUAGUUAUGCCUCUGUGUGUGUACAUGUUCAUACUGCAUUCUAAAAUAUAACUAUGUUUAUGCCAGAUGCACCUGAUCUAAGGCAACCUCCACUAGCAGCUGGGGAGUUGAUUGCCAAUUUCUCAAGGCAAGAGCGGUUGGCACUGUACGAAUACACAUUGCAGAAUGCAGCUGGUGUGGCCCCUCCACCAGAGCUCUCCAUGAUGGAAAAUGUGUUUAAGAAGGAGGAGCAGCCAAAGGAAUUGUCUGGCCUUGAAUUGGCAAAGGCAAUGAGGGAUUUCAAGAGACGACGACAGGCAUACAGAACGAAGGUCUCAACAAAAAACAAAAGUCAUACAGAAGUGGCCAGAGAAAUCAUACACAACAUGAUGGUGUUUAUAGGAGCUGCAGAAUUAGAAUCCGAUGCUCCUCAUCAAACUUCUGAAUCCCGAGAUGAAAUUGGCAGGGAGGAACAGCAUCCCAGUGACCAAAAGGAACACGGCACCCAGAGCAAGAAAGAGAAUGCAAGUUCCACCAGAGGGGAGGAAGACAGCAGUCCAUUCAGAAGGUCUCAUGAUCGUGGUGAUGGGAGAGACAGGCGAGAUAGGCGAAGAGAGCAAGAGAGUGACAGUAGAUGUGACAGAAGAGUAAACAGACAUGAUACCAGUGAGUCAAGGAAGAGAAGCAGAGAAGGUAGAGAACAAGAAACAGCCUAUAGAAAGACAGACAGCCGUGAGAGGUGCGAUUAUGAAGUGAGGGAAUAUAGAAAAAACAGUAGCAAAUGGGAAGGCAGUUUUGAUGAGGCAAGGGAUGAUAAACAGGUAGACAGGAGGAGAGAGAGGGAGGGAGACUACAAGAGAGAAAAGGAAGGUGUUUACAGAGGAAGAAGUAGAGAAGAAAGAUCGUGGGAAGAAAGAGGAAGAGAGAAAGUAAAAGAACGGGAUAAAAGAUACAUAAAUGAAUUUGAAAAAAAAUAUUACAAGGAAAGAAAGGAAAGGGAAAGGCACAAAUAUUACUCAGAAUACUACCAUACAGAAGAAAAAGAGAGGAAAUACGAGACAGAGAGAGAACAAUAUUCAAAUAAGUUGGAAGGUAAAUAUGGAGAAAGGAAUGAGAAAGAAUUCAAGAAGAGAAUUAAAGUUGAAAAGAAUACAGAGGAGGGAGAGCUGUCAAGCUCAGAAUCAGAGAAGAGGGGCAGCUCAGAUGAAGGAGAGAGCACCUGGACAGACCACAAGAAGAAGCGGAAAAUGAAAAAGAAAAAAAGCAAGAGAAAACACAAGAAGAAGAAAUCCAAAAGCUCGCACAGACAUUCCAGUAAAUCAGAUAGUGAGGAUUUGUCAUCUGAGGAAGAGGAUCAAAGAUAUUAUGAGAAAGUUGAUGGAUAUAUGAAAGAAGAAAAAAUAUAAUAUCAUUUACAAGUUUUUGACAUGAGCACACAUGACUGCAGGAAAGACUCAGUCUAUUUUCUCAGUACCUGUAAUAUGUACAAGUUAUCAUAAAUAUUAAAUAUUAUAUUCCUUUAUCUUCUCAUUCUCUUGUUCCUGUGUUCUUGUUCUUCUACAUCUUAUUAUUCUUGUUUUUGUUUUUCUUGUUCUUGUUUUUGUUUCAAUUGUAUCCUGUACAUCAUUUGCCUAGUCAUCUAAGAAAAUCCAAUUUUAAAAAGUUCUUUUUAGGAUUUUAAAGAUUAUUCAUGGAGUGUUUUAUUCUCAUACUAGAUGAUGUAUUUUGAACUAAAUAAAGGAGAGAAAUUAAAAUUUCUAGAGAUUUGUGAAUUUUCCCAUCAUUUUCUGCUCUUCCCUUUCUCACUGUAUAGCUGAAUUGUCUCUUCCUUGUAGCUUGUAAUAUUAUCUAAGUG